AUGAAAACAUACGUAUUGGUUUUGAUCAUCUUCUACUUAAAACACAACUCUGCAUCUUCUCCUCGCUUAACCGAGUACUGUGGACUUGUUACAACAACGCCAGACUUUGUGAUAAGCGAACGCAUUUUGAACGGCACAAACGCAACUCUUGGAGCUUGGCCAUGGAUGGUUGAAAUUUUAGAAGAUGACGAACACCGUUGCGGUGGAGCCCUGAUUACCUCCCAACAUGUCCUAACAAGUGCUCACUGUCUAACCAACACAUCCAAGGAAUCAUUUACAGUUUCGCUCGGGAGCUAUUCAAGCCACAAAACAGAGAGAGAAGAAUGGAACCAAACAAUUGGAACCAUCUGUAUCUACUCUCAAUAUAUGCCCGGAGAACACGAGUAUGACAUUGCCAUCAUAACACUGGAAAAGCCUGUGGAAUAUUCAGAAUCUAUUAAACCUGUUUGUCUCGCCGACAUCAAUGACAAUCCGGAUUGUAACGUUCCCAUGUAUGUUGCUGGAUGGGGAUUCACUGAACCGGUCAUGUGGAAUAACCAGUCUUGGUCUGAAGAUGGGGACGGGUUUGAUGACGAAGAAGACUUGACAACAGUAACCUCCAGCUCCGAAAUGACUACACAAGAAGCAACUGAAGACACAAGCGAGACUGACGAAGACUACUAUGAUCCUGAUACGGCGCCAGUGCCCCGGGCCAAAAAUAAAAUUCCUGAUAUGCUCCAAGAGGCCCGAGUUCAGUUAAUCCCAAAUGAGGAAUGCCAAGGGAUGUAUAACGAGUCGUCACUUCAUUCAAACAUCCUUUGCGCUAUGCACAACUUUGGAUCUACAUGCAUGGGCGACAGUGGAGGCCCACUGGUGUACAAUACAACAGAUGGCCGCUGGACCUUGAUGGGACUAAUAACCGCUACCAAGUUGCCAUGCAACGUCACCGAUCUCCCGAUGUACUUCGUUAGAAUUAAGCCCUUCAUGAACGACUUCAUCCUUCCGUGCGUUCAAGAUCCUAGUAAUUGCACAUGCAAGCCAGCAAUUGAUACAGAAUCCUGCAUUUAUAUUUAGUGCCUUUUUAUUAAAAUCUAAAAACCGGUCAUAUCUUUAUGUUAAUAA